AAUAAAUUGUUGGUCUAGUGCCAACAAUUUAUUUUUCCCGCUUUAUUUAAUUUUCAUGUUUUAAAAUGGGUAUCACUGGCUUAUUACCGUUUGUGAAAAACUCUUGUCGAGCUGCCAAUAUUAAAGAUUUUAAAGGUGCUACUGUUGCUAUUGAUGCUUACAGUUGGCUUCAUAAAGGCGCAUUUUCCUGUGCAGAAAAAUUAGUGAAAGGAGAAAAAACUGAUGGAUAUGUUUACUACUGUAUCAAGCAGCUAAAUCUACUUUUAGAAGCUGGUUUAAAACCAUUUAUGGUUUUUGAUGGAUGCAAUUUGAGUUCAAAAGAAGUAACAGAAAAGAAACGCCGAGAAAAUCGUGAAAAAACUCGUCAGCGAGGUAAAGAACUUCUUUGUGAAGGCAAAAUAAAAGAAGCCCGAGAAUGUUUCCAAAGAUGUGUUGAUGUCACCCCUGAAAUGGCAAGGCAAGUUAUUGAGGCAUGCAAAAAGAAAUGCAUUGAUUGUAUAGUAGCACCAUAUGAAGCAGAUGCCCAGCUAGCAUAUUUAGAUAAAAUAGGAAUGGUUCAGUUAAUCAUCACUGAAGAUUCAGAUUUAAUACUGUUUGGGUGCAACAAAAUAUUUUUCAAAAUGGAUAGUUGUGGUGGAGGUCUUUUGUAUGAAAAAGAAAAUCUUCCUAAAUCCUUUGGUUCCAAGGCUUCAAAAUUUAGUUUUGAGAAAUUUCGAUAUAUGUGCAUUUUAUCUGGUUGUGAUUAUCUGCCCUCUUUGCCUGGUAUUGGAUUAGCAAAAGCUUGUAAAUUUUUUACUGUGACUAAUAAUAUGGAUCUAGCAAAUGUUCUACCUAAGAUGCCUUGCUACUUAAAAAUGCCCAAAUUAACUGUUCCUGAUGAAUAUAUUGAAUCUUUUAUUAAAGCAAAUAAUACUUUUUUAUAUCAGCUCGUGUUCUGUCCUCAAAGGAAAACUUUAGUGCCUCUCAACCCAUAUCCUGAUGAUAUUAAGCCAGAAGAUGUAGAAUAUGCUGGAAAAUAUUUACCUGAUAAUCUAGCAUGCCAGCUCGCAAUAGGUAAUAUAAAUGUUAAGACAAUGGAAAAUUUUGAUUCUUCCACAUUCAACAGUUCACCCGAUAUCAGUGAAGACAAGAGUAUGAUUUGGGGAUCUGAGCCUUCAAGCAACAAACCCGCCAAUAAAAUUGUACUCUCUGCUUUCAAAUUCAGUACUUCAAAUGAACGGAAAAAGAAAAUUUCUUCUCAAAAGCGUCCAUUUGCUCAGACAACUGAUUGUAGUGGAGAAACUUGUACAGAUGAAGAAUUGUUUUCCAUGUAUGGAAAUAAGGAACUGAAAAAAAGACACAUUGAUAGCAUCUCAAGUGAAGAAGAUCCACUGACUGAUGAAAAUAAUCUUUGUGAUUCUCCAUCUUCGUCUCUAUCCGAUUUGAAUACUUCUCAAAAUUCCCCCCAUCCUAAGCUUUUGAAUAUUCCUGUCCGAAGAAUUGUGAAAAGCAGAUUUUUUGCUUCAGAAGCAAAAGCAGAAAUUAAUUCUUCUACUCUUGCAUCAGAAGAACCUAAACCUAAGAGUGAAAUAUUUUCGGCAAAUAUGAAUUGUGACAAAGAUUCAGAAGUUGAUACUGAUGCUAAAACUGAUGGCCUUAACUGUCCUUUGGAAGCAAACAUUUCUUUUAAGAAAUAUGAUAAAGAAAAUAUUGCUCAUAGGUUUGCAAAAAAGAAAAAUUCUGAUGUGAAACAGGAUAUAUUAAACAGUUGUGAUGACAGUUCCGUAAAAGAUGAAUUAAAAUCUGAUUCUUGGUUAAAUAUUAUUGACAGUGAAUGUUCUUCAGCAACUUCUACAAUUUCAUCCUCUGGAAAAACUUCUAAAUUGUUGGAUGUUGAAUGUAAUAUUAUGGAAUCUGAUGCAAAUAAAAGUACAUGCAAGAAUAAGAAAAUAUAUAAGAAAUUUAUUUCUACUAAAAUUGAAGACUUUAAAUUAAAAAAAGACCUUAUCUAUAAAACUAAAUUGGAUGAUUCAUUAGGAAGCGAUGGAAAUUCCAUAAACCAAAGUUUGGAGGAAAGUUAUGAAGCAGGAGAUGAAAAAUCAAAUGUCAAAUGUAUUAUUUCGCCAUAUUUUAAUUCCACCACUGCAACAUAUCAAAAUAUUGAAUCUGAAAAUGCUGUAACUACAUUAAGUGAUUCAGAAGAAUGUAAUUUGACAAAGUGUGAAAAUAAUUUUGAUGUGAUUGAUUUGGAAUCGAAAAGAGCAUUUAUUCCCAGUAGUGGCCAGAAUAAAUCCGUAAAGCUAGUGAAUACUAAAGGCAGCAAACCAGGUAGAUGCCGUGCAUUAGGUCUUUCAAAAACUAAAGGAUGUACUAAAGUUACAAGGAAGGAAACUCUUCUAAAUUUUAAUUUUGUCAGGCAAUCAAAGAAAGAGAUUUCUGAUGAUUUAUAACUAGACUUUUUAUUUAUUUUUUUCCUGAAUGUGAAUAUAUUUAGAACAAAUUUGUAAUUAAUGCAUAGCUAAUAUGUUAAUUUUGUUUCUUUGUUGUGUUUAUAUAUAAGUGAGUGAAUUUUAGUUAUGGAUUAAAAUCACAAGCAAAUGUAAUGAAAUGUUUUAUGUACUGUUCAAAAUACUUAUUUGCAAAUUCAUUUAAUAAUAUAAGAAAUAUUUAAGGGAACUAUAUUGCAAUAUAGAGUUUUCUUAGGUAUUAUAUUAGCUUUCCAUUAUUUGUGUUGAUCUUUUUUCUAUUAUUACACUUUAUUUUGUUCUUAUAUAAGACACUGCCGAAACUCAGGAAAUAUAAUAUAUAUUUUAAAAAAUCAUUGUUUGUAAAUAUAUUUAUGACAAAGAUCAUGUCUGACCAUAUAUGACUUUUAUAUGUGUUUAUAUUUCUGUGUAUAUUUUUUACUCAUGCCAUUUAAUGUAAU